AUGGAUUCGGCGGAAACGCCGGGGCUGCUCAACGGUUCGACGGUGGGGAUGAAAGAUGGAGGUAAUCUAGAAGUGCGAAGCGUGAUCUUCGGUUCAGGAAACCUUCUGGGGGGAUCUGGGUCGAAGAUUAAGGAUGUUGGAUCGGGUUCGAGAACUGGAAAAGGAGGUAGUAGUGAUGGUACGGGAUUGACGGGUUCCGAGAAAGAGGGAUCUGGAAAGGGUUUGAGUCCUACAAAGAAUUUGGUUUCUAAGAAGGGAUUGAAUCAAGAGAAAGGGUUUCCGAAAGCUACUUCGUGGGUUGGGGUAGUUCAGGAGAAGAAGGUACUAAGGAAAUACAAUCUUGACAUCAUCGAUUCGGAGGGUCAACUAAAGGUUGAGAUACCAGAUGAAGUUGUUGUCAACUCAGACGCCUUGUGGGAUGAUUUUUUGAUUGGCAAGUUUCUGGACACAGCGCCUCACAUCGCUCGAGUUCAUGCGAUUGUUAACAAAAUUUGGAGAGAAGGAGGAAAGGGUCAGUUUGUAGAAGUGUUUGAAGUUGAUUCAACAACAAUGAAGUUUCGGAUUAUGGAUGCAGCUAUGCAAGCUCGGAUCUUAAGAAGGGGGAUGUGGAAUAUUGGUAAUGUACCACUAGUGGUAACAAAAUGGACUCCAGAUGAAUUGGAAGAGAAGCCUGAGGUCAAAUCGAUCCCACUCUGGGUUCAUCUCAAGAAUGUUCCGAUGAACAAAUUCUCCUGGAAGGGGAUAAGCUUCAUGACAAGUGCUGUUGGUAAUCCGGUUAGACUGCAUCCUGAAACUGCAUCAUGUUCAAAUUUUAAAGUUGCAAAGAUCUUUGUGAAUGCUGAUCUCUCAAAGGACCUCCCUACAAAGAUCAACUUCACAAAAAAUGGAAAAUCUUUUUUGGUUGAGUUCUCAUACCCAUGGCUUCCUCAGCGUUGUCAUACAUGUAAGAAAUGGGGGCAUUUGGAGAAAGUGUGUGUCAUGAAUAAGAAGGAUGGAGUGGGAAUGGCAGAUCAGAUAUUGAAGAAUGUGGAGGUGAAUGAGAAGAAUGAGGAUGUGGUCGUAGAUUACGGAGCAGGGAAGGGGAAAGCGAAUGAGGAGUGUGUUGAUAAGAGUCGCAGUCCAACAAAGAGAGUUCUAAAAUAUGGUCAAGUGGAAAUCUUAACUCCCUCAAGAUUUUCGGUUCUACAGGAUGUGAAUGAGAAUGGGGAUUUGGUUAAACAAGAUGAGGAAGUGGAAGAGGAAGGGGAAAUAAAAGAGGAUGCGAGAACAAAAGAAGCUGAAGAUUUGGGUGAUAUGGAGGAGGUGAAAAUAAAGGACGUUGAGGAAAUAGUAGAGAGUGAAGAGAGAAGAAAGAAUAUGGAAGCAAAAGAGGAUAUGGGAUUGGAAGAGUUGACUGGAAAUGGUGAGAAUGCAGGAAGUGAGGAUACCGGAGAAAGGUCACAUGUUGCAGUGGAAGUUAUAACUCUGAAGGAGUUGACACGAUCUCCAACAUACUGUGAUGUAGUAAGAAGUGAGGUAGGAAGGGAGACUCUAACUAAAGUAAGUAAUUCUGAAAUGGUGGGGAAUCUUCGUCCUUCUCUUCCAAGAAGUUCGAAGACUAAUCAUCGAGUUAUUAUCCCUGACACUUCAGGGACUGGAGUGGGGUUGCCUGGUUUGUUAGGUAAAAAGGUUACUCGAUUCAACAAGAAAUCGAAACAGGAUGUAGUAAGAAGUUGGAUUAAUAAUAAGGAGUUGAAGUUUGGUUGUUUGCUGGAAACUCGUGUGAAGGAGAAUAAAGCACAUCAGAUUGUCUCGUCGGUGUUCAAUGGUUGGUCGUUCAUCAAUAACUAUGAAUUCAACAUGAAAGGAAUGAUUUGGAUAAUUUGGAGUCCUCAGGUUCGGUUAACUCCGAUUUUUAAAUCUGAUCAAAUAAUAACGGUCUCAGUUUUAUUGGAGGGAGAGACAGAAGAGUUCUUCUGCUCAUUUGUUAAUGGAGAGAAUUUGGUGGAAGAUAGAAGGCAGCUGUGGAGUGAUAUUAAGACUCAUCAGGAUUCACCACUGUUUAAAAACAAGCAGUGGAUAAUCAUGGGAGAUUUUAAUGAGAUAAUUGAUGGGGAGGAGCACUCUAACUAUCAAGACUCGGGUCUCAUCACUGUUGGAAUGCGAGAAUUCAAAAACACUAUCCAGUAUUGUAGACUCACAGAUCUUGGGAGUCAAGGUCCACAGUUUACUUGGUGCAACAAGCGGGAAGAGGGACUCAUCUGUAAGAAACUUGAUCGAUUUCUGGUAAAUGAUGUUUGGUUGCAUAAACAAGAUAGAGCGCACGGGGUUUUUGAAGCGGGAGGGUGUUCUGAUCAUCUCCGGGGCAGGUUUCAUAUGAGAGCAGAAGUGGAGGGGAAACAUAGGCCUUUUAAAUUCACGAAUGCUAUUGUUGAAAUGCCAGAAUUCAUUAAGGUGAUGGAAGAGUACUGGAGUGGUACUCAACCGUUGUUUCAAUCUACAUCGGCCCUGUUUCGGUUUUCAAAGUAUCUCAAAGCUUUGAAACCAAUGAUGAGAAAUCUGAGCAAAGAAAAACUUGGGAAGCUAUCUAUGAGGGUGAAGGAAGCUUAUAAGGAUCUAUGUAUGAAGCAGGAGAGACUAAUGACAGUCCCUUCUCAGGAGAAUAUUAAAGAAGUGUUAGUUGCUGAGGAAAGAUGGCAAAGAAUUUCUGGUAUUGAAGAGAAGGUACUUAAGCAAAGGUCUAAGUUACAUUGGCUGCAGUUGGGUGAUUUUGAGGAGAGAAAUCAUCUGGUUAGGCCAAUUACAAAUGAAGAGAUCAAAGAAGUGGUCUUUAGAAUGCCAAGUAACAAAUCUCCAGGGCCAGACGGCUUCACUACUGAGUUCUUUAAAGCAUCAUGGAGUGUUAUUGGAAGUGAUUUCACUACAGCCGUGCAGUCAUUUUUCAGUAAGGGGUUUCUUCCGAAAGGGUUAAAUACAACUAUUCUAGCAUUGAUACCAAAAAAAGAGGAAGCUAUAGAGAUGAAAGAUUAUCGACCAAUCUCGUGUUGCAAUGUCUUGUAUAAAGUCAUAUCCAAGAUCAUUGCAAACAGAUUGAAAGGAUCCCUUCCAGAGUGCAUCUCCUAUAACCAGUCAGCUUUUGUGAAGGAUAGAUUAUUGGUUGAGAAUCUGUUGCUUUCUACUGAAAUAGUUAAAGACUAUCAUAAGGAGGAUGUCUCACCGCGUUGUGCCAUGAAGAUUGAUAUUGCAAAGGCUUCUGACUCUGUCCACUGGCCCUUCUUGCUGAAUACGUUGCGAGCUUUAAACAUCUCAGAAGAGUUUGUUCACUGGAUAGAGCUGUGUGUUUGUACUCCAUCAUUCUCAGUCCAAGUAAAUGGAGAGUUGGCAGGGGUUUUUCAGAGUAAAAGAGGGCUGCGGCAGGGGUGUGCUUUGUCUCCAUAUGUCUUUGCAGUUUGCAUGAACGUACUGUCUCAUAUGCUGGAUAAAGCGGCUGCUCAGAAGAUCAUUGGUUAUCAUCCAAAAUGCCAAAACAUCUUGCUCACGCGCUUGUGCUUUGCUGAUGAUUUGUUAGUAUUUACGGAUGGGACUAAGCGAUCAAUAGAGAAUGUUCUCAAGAUCUUUGAAGAAUUUGCAGCCAUGUCGGGGUUGAAAAUAAGUCUCGAGAAAUCUACUCUGUAUACAGCGGGUUUAUCUGCGGUUCAAGAAGGGGAGAUUCUCACAUGUUUUCCUUUCGCGUCGGGGAAGCUACCUGUAAGAUAUUUGGGGUUGCCUCUGCUCACAAGAAGGAUGACAAUAAAUGAUUACAUGCCAUUGGUGGAGAAAAUAAGAAAGAGAAUGAGUUCUUGGACUGGGAGGUUUCUAUCUUACGGAGGACGUCUGCAGCUUAUCGACUCUGUCAUCACAAGUAUGGCUAAUUUUUGGCUAUCGGCUUUCCGUCUACCUGGGAGUUGUUUAAAGGAGAUUGGAAGCUUAUUCUCAGCGUUCUUAUGGUCUGGCCCUGAGCUGAAAACGAGCAAAGCGAAAGUUAGUUGGAAGGAUGUCUGUUUGCCAAAGAGGGAGGGAGGUUUGGGGUUAAGACCUUUAAAGGAGAUCAACACUGUUCUCUGUCUAAAGCUGUUAUGGAGAUUAUAUUCAAAUCGAUCAUCUCUCUGGGUCAAGUGGAUUCACUGCUAUUUGAUAAGAAAAGGAUCCUUUUGGUCGAUGAAAGUUAAUGCUACUAUUGGGUCAUGGAUGUGGAGAAAAAUACUGAAGAUAAGAGACCUAGCUAAGCCUUAUAUUAGAAUGGAAGUGCACAAUGGAAAGAACACUUCAUUCUGGUAUGAUUCAUGGUCACAAUUGGGACGACUUAAAGAGAUUAUAGGAGACAGAGGACCGCUUGGGAUUGGGAUUGCAGAGAACGCUUUGAUUGAGGAUGUGGUACGAAAUCAUAGAAGGAGAAGGCAUCGGGUGAGAAUUCUGAAUGAAAUGGAGGAUGAGAUUGAUAAGUUGAGAGACAGAAUGGAUCAGGAACAAGAUAUACCGCUUUGGAAACAGGAGGGGGACAGAUUCUUGAAUAAAUUUUCAACUCAAAAGACAUGGCUGCAAUUGCGUCAGAAACAGCCUGACUGUAGAUGGAGUAAAGGUAUCUGGUUUCCUCAAUAUACACCUAAAUACUCAUUCUUAGCUUGGGUGGCUAGAAGGAAUAGAUUGCAAACAUGUGAUAGGAUCCAUAUGUGGAAUGCAACUGUGGAUACACUGUGUGUGCUUUGCAAAGAAGAACAGGAAACUUGUAAGCACUUGUUUUUUGGUUGUCGAUUUUCUGGGAAAGUGUGGAGAGAACCAGUUGGGGGGAUCAUGAAGGAGCAAUUCACUACGGACUGGGAUGAGAUCUGGGAAGUAAUUUCUAAUCCUAAUCCUAGUUAUACCAAGACAGAGAUGUUUCUGAUUCAGUUCACUUUCCAAGCCCUGCUGCACAGUAUAUGGAGGGAGAGAAAUGCAAGAAGACAUGGGGAGCAAUCAAGAGAUGAGAAGUUCUUGGUUACUUGGGUGGAUAAAACGAUUAGGCUGAAGUUGCUGUCAGUAAAGGGAAUGGGUAAACAACACUUUGAUGAGGGAUUGGCUGCUUGGUUUGGAGCGAGAAUACUUGGAAGUUCUUGA